AUGACCACCGGUCAGCCACAGAGACAGCUAGUCAUGCCUGUGUUUAACCCUUUGCACCUUUCCCCCUGCAGACUGAAGGAGGUGGUGUUCUGCUCACUUGGGUACAAACACCUGGCACUGGUGGAUGAAUUCGGGAGGAUAUUCAUGAAAGGUAGCAAUCGCUUUGGACAACUGGGCACCGGGGACAAGAUUGACAGAGCAGACCCCUGCCAGAUUCAGUAUUUAAGGAACCCCAUUGAUGUAUUUUGUGGUCUCAAUCACACAUUAGUCCUGAUACCCUCCAUGGAUUCUGUGAAGGAAAUACACGGCUGCGGGUGUGGAGCUGGGGGACGCCUCCCUGGAUGGCCUAAAGGAAGCCCCUCAUUUGUCAAGCUGCUUUUGAAGGUCCCGCUGUGUGCCCGCCGCCUCUGCUCCACCAGGGACUGCCUUUAUAUCAUGUCCAGUCACGACCCUGAGGAGGACCUCGGAUACAGCGCACUCCCCGGCAGCAGCUGUGGUUGUCCAGGCGGCGCGGAGGAGGAGCCGGCGGCUGCGCAGGCCUGUGAGGAGUGUCUGAAGCAGCUGCUGCGCUGCCCCAGUGUCCAGGAGAGGGUGGCCAAGACCAGGGACUUCAUCAGCCACUUACCCCUGCCGGGGUAUCAGAAGCACUGCUUGUGGGAGGCGCUGGGCAUGAUACAGCGGGCGGCUGAGAGCACCAACCGCCAUACUGCCCGCGCAGGAGAAGAAAAAUAAAAGUCUCUGAAAAACAUAAAAACUGUGAGAGAUAAAAAUACACCCGAAAUACCGACCCUAAAUACCCCCAUAUACUGCCUCAGACACUGACCUGGCCUCCAACCUACCCGAAAUACCGUCCCCCAGCCGAAAUACCCCCAUAUACUGCCUCAGACACUGACACGGCCUCCAACCUACCCGAAAUACCGCCCCCCCAGCCUAAAUACCCCCAUAUACUGCCUCACACACUGACCUGGCCUCCAACCUACCCCAAAUACCGGCUCCCAGCCGAAAUACCCCCAUAUACUGCCUCACACACUGACCUGGCCUCCAACCUACCCCAAAUAC